AUGGGGAAUAAGAGAAGAAGAGCGAUAAAAUUACUUUCAUCAAUUUUUAUUCUCUUAUCCGUCAUGACGGUACUGAUGAGUCCUUACUACUUCCAGACGCGAAGUUUAGAUUCUUCAACUUCGACAACUGUCUCGACUUCUUCUUCAACUACAACUUCAAGCAAAAGUACAACUACGAUUUUAACAUCAUCUUCAUCGCAUAUUACAUCUUCCGUUUCUACAUCAACAUCCAUUUUAUCUUCGUCAUCAACUAUGCCAUCAAAUCCAAUUUCAACUACAAUUUCAAAAACGACUUCAACAACAACAUCAACAAAUAAAACCACGUCAACCACAAUAGAAAUAAAAUCAUCCACAGCUUCAACAACAACAACAAGAACAACAAAAACUAUAACCCAAACGACAACCCCAACUACAGCUGCAACAAGUACAACAACCAUUGUUACAACUUCAACUACAACUUCAACAACGAAAACGCCCAGGAGUACAACUGCUACAACUUCAACGACAAGAACUCCUCCACCUCUUCCAGAAUUCACGUGCAAUUCAAAUAGUGUAGUAAUGGGCUGGAAGGAAUGCUUUGAGCACUGCAUUAAUCAUCACGACAAACCAAUACAGAUUGCAAAUUUGGACCAAGCAAAUUCUCUCAAGAAGUUUACACAAGAAAAAUGUCCCGAUGAAAAAUUUUGGAUGGGAUACGGCUCGAGAAACAAUGAGCAUUACUGGAUAAACGACAACCUUGAAUAUGAAAAAGAUGUUCCUCAAAGUCAUAUUGAUGCAUUUAAAGAGGUUGGAUGCAAUUAUUUUGAAAAUUUUGAUGAAAAAGGGCGUGCAAACGCUACUGCAGAGUGGAAAUACAAACGAGAAGGGAUUAAAAAAUGGGAAAUUCAUUGUAAAAUUCACAGACUUGAUGAUGAUCCUCCUCAUAAACACAAUUGUCUUUGCCUUUCACAGAUACCAAAUCUUUCUUCAAAUUAA